UAGUUUUGGGUAUAUCGAUUUGACUUUCAUCGAUCACCUUGAAUUAAUAACUGAGCAUCCUUUGACUAUAGUAAUUUGACAAGUAUGAUCCAAAUUAGAUCUUGUAUUUUUUUGACAGUUUUAUUGAAUGAAAUUACAAAUUGUUGUUCGAAAGCAAUUUUAAGCUUAAACUCUAUCCCGGGUCGAGAAGAAAGCCUGAAUUCUUCUCUGAUUUCGACUGUGAUUGGAGGUAAUCGGAGUCCUCCCAGACCUUUUUACGUGCAAGUAACUCGAUAUGAUACAGAAAAAAAGGUUUCGAAUACUUGCGGGGGGACAGUGAUUCACGACGAAUGGGUUUUGACGGCUGCACAUUGUGUACAUGAUCAAGAUGCUGAUGAUGUUCGGAUAGUGGUUGGUGAUUUCACCGAUGCGACAUCAGCCAAAGAAAAGGUGUUAGUCGAGAUCAUAUACUGGCCGGCGGACUUCCUGUAUGCACGAGUUGCAGUCGACAACGACAUUGCGCUGAUCAAAGUGUCCAAUUACAGCUUUGAAAAAGAACGCAUUUUGUCAGUCUGCGGUGGCUAUGCUGACGAGUGUACCAUAAUGGGUGCAUGUGGAACAGGAAGAACUAGCCACAACUCAGAAGCUCUAUCUCCAUUUUUGAAAGAAAUUCUGCUCUACGAAAGACCUCCCGGACUUUGGGAUUUUUCCUCGGAUUGUUCUCCAGAUAAAGUUUGCACACGACGAAUAUCGAGGGGUCGGGAUGACAAUCUAUUCCACGGAGACAGCGGGGGACCACUUUAUGUUUUCGGGGAAUUUCCAGACAACAAACCGAUUUGUGUCUAUGGCGUGGCCAGUUUUUGCGGGAAAUGGUCAGUAGAUGUUCUUGGCUUCCAUCUUUUCAACUGUUAUUAUGGUGGAAGCUAUUUUGCAAACGUUCCCUAUUUUGUGAACUGGAUCGACGCUACCAUUCGACAUCAUUAUGUGCAGUACGAUACUGAAAUGACGGCGACCGAUAGUUCAAGCGAUUAUUAACAUUCUUUUUUCCAAAAAAUCAAGAUGUUAAAACCAAAAUUGUUCCAAGUUUUGUAGAAAAAGAUGGAAUAUUUGUGGUCAGGAUGGUUUUUUCUCUACAAAGUUUUGCCUUCUAAGCUUGCCAGUUUUG